AAGGUUUUAAAGCCUUUGUAAGACUAUAUACGAAUUUAUUUAUCUAUCUAUUUACAGUAAGCCCUGUGCCCAGUGUGGGGCUUGAACUCACAACCCAGAGAUGAAGAGUCACAGGGCUCAGCAGGGUGCCCUGUGUGUGGAUUUAUAAAUCAGGAAAUGUGUCCUUUGUGACGUGCCUUGUUGAGUAGCAAGAAGUCUGGUCACUCGGGUGAUAGCAUUUUGCAGAGUGCACACCGCUUGGUGCCUUUCUGUCCGGCUGCUUGUUCGUGUCACCGGCAGGUGCCGCGGUGGCAAGAGCGCCCCGUGUAAAGUGACUCCAGGCUGAUUUUUCAAAAUGCCAAGUAGGAAAUUUGCUGAUGGCGAGGUGGUGAGAGGUCGGUGGCCUGGGAGUUCGCUUUACUAUGAAGUCGAAAUUCUGAGCCAUGACAGCCAGUCCCAGCUCUACACCGUCAAGUACAAAGACGGCACCGAACUUGAGCUGAAGGAGAAUGAUAUCAAGCCUUUAACUUCCUUUAGACAAAGGAAAAGUGGCUCGACUUCCAGUUCUCCCUCCAGACGCCGAGGGAGUAGGUCAAGGUCACGCUCCCGAUCCCCUGGUCGACCACCGAGGAGUUCCCGUCGAUCCGCCUCUGCUUCACACCAGGCUGACAUAAAGGAGAUGAGGAAGGAAGUCCUGGAAGUGAAGCUGACUCCGCUGGUGCUGAAGCCGUUUGGGAACAGCCUCAGCAGAUACAACGGGGAGCCUGAGCACACAGAGAGGGACGGCCUGCCCCCCAGAAACACUGAGGAAAAAUUCCAUUUGUCAGAAGAAAGUCGUUACAUAUCUACACAGUAUAGCCUUCGGCCAAGAAGAGAAGAGAUCAAAUUAAAAGACAUAGAUUCUAAGGAAGAAAACAUUGUUGCAACAAAAGGAUCUACAUUAUGGAAAACCUCUGAAGAGCCAGCCACGCAGACCAAGGCCCUGGAGUUCGGUGGAGUCCCUGGUGCGUUUCUCAUCAUGCUCGGCUUGCCGGCCUUCCUCUUCCUGUUGCUGCUCAUGUGCAAACAGAAGGAGCCCCGUCUUCUGAAUUUCCCACCUCCCUUGCCAGCUUUGUCUGAUCUGUGGGAAACCAGAGUGUUCGGGGUCUAUCUGCUCUGGUUUUUUCUUCAGGCUCUGUUCUACCUCCUGCCUAUCGGGAAGGUUGUGGAAGGAAUGCCUCUUACUGAUGGAAGAAGACUCAAGUAUAGAUUGAAUGGGUUCUAUGCUUUCCUGCUGACCGCUGCGGCCAUUGGGGCGGCCGUGUUCUGGGGCCUGGAGCUGUUCUACGUCUACGACCAUUUCCUGCAGCUGGCGCUGGCUGCCUUCACCUCCACCGUGGGCCUCAGCGCCUACCUGGCUGUACGGGCUGCGGGUGCCCCCCCGGCUGCCCUGGCCCCUGGCAGCUCUGGAAACGCCGUCUAUGAUUUCUUCAUUGGCCGUGAGCUUAAUCCUCGGAUUGGUACUUUUGAUCUCAAAUACUUUUGUGAAUUGCGCCCCGGACUGAUCGGAUGGGUGGUUGUGAACUUGGUGAUGCUUUUGGCGGAGAUGAAGGAACAGAAUCGAGCCGCUCCGUCCUUGGCGAUGAUUUUGGUGAACAGUUUCCAGCUCUUGUACGUGGUGGAUGCUCUCUGGAACGAGGAAGCAUUGUUGACAACCAUGGACAUCACCCAUGAUGGGUUUGGAUUCAUGCUGGCUUUUGGAGACUUAGUGUGGGUUCCCUUCAUCUACAGCUUGCAAGCCUUUUAUCUCGUCAACCAUCCCAAUGAAGUGUCCUGGCCCAUGGCCUCUCUGAUUAUUGCUCUGAAACUUUGUGGAUAUGUAAUCUUCCGAUGUGCAAAUUCUCAGAAAAAUGCAUUCCGGAAAAAUCCCAGUGACCCAAAGCUUGCACAUCUAAAAACUAUCCAUACUUCAACCGGAAAAAAUCUUCUAGUUUCUGGAUGGUGGGGCUUCGUUCGUCACCCCAAUUACUUGGGUGAUCUCAUCAUGGCCCUGGCGUGGUCCCUCCCCUGUGGUUUCAAGCACAUUCUGCCCUAUUUCUACGUGAUCUACUUUGCUGUGCUGCUGGUGCACCGCGAGGCCCGUGACGAGCGCCACUGCCGGAGGAAGUACGGCCUGGCUUGGGAGAAGUACCGCCGCCAUGUGCCCUACCGCAUCAUCCCCUACAUCUACUAGCCACGCGCUGCCUCCCACCCUGCCGCCGCGCCUCCGCUGGUCCUCACUCUCCUGCUCCAGUCGGGACUAUGGAGCCAAGUGGUCUUUUAACCUCCCCAGGUUUAUCGUUACUAAAUCACAGCCGUGAACAGAAGGAAACAGGCGAAGGUGUUAGAAUUGGCUUUCUAGUGGGAAAUGCUCCAUUCUUAAAAGUCUUCUCAAUGCACUGAAAAGGAUACCACAGGUGUCUAUGGGUUUCGAGGACUUUUCAAAUUGUGAUGGUUUUGUCAGUGGUAUUUCUUACGUGAAACCAACUGUGACCCUCGAAGCACUUGUGUUUUGUUAUAUUCAGAGAAGAGGAUUUGCAUCCAUUUCCUUUUCCUAGUUAAGUGAUUUGAGCGUAGACCCCGGUCCUGCAUGAACUGCUCUCUGGGGAGAGGCGGGGCGAGGUGGUCAGGAGCCACUGGCUUGCCCUCAGCUUCUAGAGCUGCGUUGGAAGGUGUAAAUACCCAGCUCUCGUGUAAUAUAUGGGGACCUCGGAUUUUUCUGUACAGUAUUUUGAAUGUGAAAUAGGACUAAGUAUCUUUUUAACAAAAACAUUUGCAGUAUUUUAAAUUAAGUUUUAUAAAAAUACAUGUUGAUUAAAAAUGGCAAAGCAAUAGAAUUCAUUUAACGCUGUAUAAAGAUGCUGUUAAAACAUAGGAAGGUUAUUUUUCUUAAUCCAAAGUUUGUGAAUUUGGCUUUGCUACCUCAACUGCAGCCGUUCGUUUGCCUUUAUAAACUGUUGCCCAUAGAAAAAAAUAGAAUAUAUAUUUUUGCAGUAACAUCACUAUUUAAACAUUUUUACACAGAUCGGUGUUUGAAAACCUGCCAUUUCAGGCUGAUAUUUUUGUAUGUUUUUUGACUUUUUGAAAUAAAACUGUGGUUUUGCUACUGCUGA